CUGCCCCUCGCUUACUUUUCUCCUCCUCUCACGCCUGUCUUCUUGUCUCCGCCGCUCUCCCUCAUCCUUUCCCUCCAACUAUCUUUCUAUUCUCUUGCGACAAGUCGCCCCCUUCCACAUCCCCCCCAAAUUGACCGCCCGCCAUGUCGACGUGGGGUGAUUACUUCCGGGUCACCACCUAUGGUGAAUCGCACUGCCGCUCCGUCGGCUGCAUCGUCGAUGGCUGCCCGCCAGGAAUGGAGCUCACCGAAGACGACAUCCAGCCCCAGAUGACUCGGAGACGCCCUGGUCAGAGCGCUCUGACCACUCCUCGGAAUGAGAAGGAUCGCGUCGAGAUCCAGUCCGGCACGGAGUUUGGAGUUACCCUGGGCACUCCCAUUGGCAUGAUGGUGCGCAAUGAGGACCAGAGGCCCAAGGAUUACGGUGGCAGCACGAUGGACCUGUACCCCCGCCCCAGUCACGCCGACUUGACCUACCUCGAGAAGUACGGUGUCAAGGCUAGCAGCGGUGGUGGCCGCAGCAGUGCCCGUGAGACCAUCGGUCGUGUCGCUGCCGGCGCCAUCGCCGAAAAGUACCUUCGCCUGUCGCACGGCGUUGAGAUUGUCGCCUUCGUCUCCUCCGUCGGCAAUGAACACCUCUUCCCCCCUACUCCCGAGCACCCCACCGCCUCGACCAACCCUGAAUAUUUGAACCUGCUCAAGACCAUCACUCGCACCACUGUCGACGAGUUCGCGCCCAGCCGCUGUCCGAACGCGGAGGCCGCUGCACGCAUGACCAAGGUGAUUGAGCAGUUCCGUGACAACCACGACAGCAUUGGUGGUACCGUGACCUGCGUGAUCCGUAACGUCCCCGUCGGUCUGGGUGAACCUUGCUUCGACAAGCUCGAGGCCAAGCUCGCCCACGCUAUGCUCAGCAUCCCUGCCACUAAGGGCUUCGAGAUCGGCUCCGGUUUCGGCGGCUGCGAAGUCCCCGGCUCCAUCCACAACGACCCCUUCGUCGUCACCGACGUCGAGACCCAGCUCGGCCCCAACACCACUACCAAGCAACGCCUCACCACCAAGACCAACAACUCUGGUGGUAUCCAGGGUGGUAUCUCCAACGGUGCCGACAUCUACUUCCGCAUCGCCUUCAAGCCCCCGGCCACCAUUGGCCAGGCCCAGACCACCGCUACCUACGACUUCGGCGAGGGUAUCCUCGAGGCUAAGGGUCGCCACGACCCCUGCGUCACUCCCCGCGCCGUCCCCAUUGUCGAAGCCAUGUCCGCCCUGGUCGUUAUGGACGCCCUCAUGGCUCAGUACGCCCGCGAGAGCGCCAAGACCCUCCUGCCUCCGUUGCCCAACACCGUGCCCACUCGUCCCACUCUGGGCGCCAACCACGCAUAAGCUGCACAUGCACGAGGCUUGGGGUUUGGGUUAAAAUUUUUUCUUGUUUGGGCACCAUGCAUGCGGGUUAGAAUACAGUGACGUCAUGUCCAUGUUCAUGUUCAUAUUCAUUCAUGUUCAACACUUAAUGAUCUUAUUGGUAUAUCACUUCUGGAUUGGUGGUAUAGAUCUCGGGUUUGUUUGUUUGUUAGUUGUUUCUCAAAAUCGCGCUGGCGUUCCAUGUCCGUCAUGGCAUACAUACACACAUAUAUAUACAUGACAACAGACGAGCCUUCUUUCAUCUUUCACGGUGUUAGCUACUCUGUCAUACGUAUUGUAGCACGCCAAGGUUAUAG